CUACUGGUGAGUUGGAUUUGGUCGGAACAACUCAACCAAUUGCCAUCAGCAGUCAGCCCAUAGCCUCCGCCCUGGGCGCCACCAGAAAAGAAAUUAAAAGCGGCCAAAACUCCCGCCGCCGCCAGCUCUACUUCCGGCUUAUCCGCCUGCUGCGCUGUUGGUCUCUUCUCCGGGAUUUUCUGUCUGGACUGGAAGUUGGAAAAGGGAAGAUUCGGAGGGAAUGAUGGCGGGAGCCGGUAGAGCAGCAGCAAUUGCGACUUGCAAGUGGUGCAGAGCAGCUGAAGCCGGAAGGCUCCAAUUUACCUCCUCUUCCUUGCGUUCUUUCCGUUCUGCUUCAUCUUCUUCCGUGUGCUAUGCUGAUUAUUAUUCACAGCCCAAGCUUAAUCGGAGGAAUAAUUUGACAUCAGCUCGAAUCCCGCUUCGGGUGCACCUUAAUUCAUUUCAAGCUGAUUCUGCUUCCUUCCCGCAACCGAAAAAAUUAAGCUUCAAUGGCCGCGUUCUCUACUCCAGCUCCUCAGCUGCUGCUGCUAGUAGUAGUACCACUCCCAACAAGAGUGUUAACGGCUCGCCACCAGUCGCUACUCCUAAACCACAGGAGGAGAAAGUCGCGGACAUGAAAAUCCUGCGGAGGCUAGCUACUUACUUGUGGAUGAAGGAUAACCUUGAAUUCCGCAUGAGGGUUAUCGCUGCACUCACCUUUCUCGUCGGGGCUAAGGUCUUGAACGUUCAGGUGCCUUUCCUUUUCAAGCUUGCUGUUGAUUGGCUGACCACUGCCACUUCCAAUGUCUCCGAACUUGCUUCCUUCACGGCUGCCAAUUCCACCCUCACUGUACUUUUUGCUACCCCUGCCUCUGUCCUGGUUGGGUAUGGCAUAGCUCGCUGCACGGGAGCUGCUUUUAAUGAGUUGAGAACUGCUGUGUUUUCUAAGGUUGCUCUCCGCACCAUUCGGUUGGUAUCGAGAAAGGUUUUUUCCCAUUUGCAUGACCUUGACCUCCGUUAUCACCUCAGCCGAGAAACUGGAGCAUUAAAUAGAAUAAUUGAUCGUGGUAGCCGCGCGAUAAACUUUAUCCUCUCUGCUAUGGUCUUCAAUGUUGUACCAACCAUCAUAGAGAUAUCUAUGGUGUCAGGUAUCCUGGCCUACAACUUUGGUGCACCUUUUGCAUGGAUCACUUCACUCUCUGUUGCUGCAUAUAUUGCUUUCACAUUGUCAGUGACACAGUGGAGAACAAAGUUUAGGAAGGCCAUGAAUAAGGCUGACAAUGAUGCUGGCACCAGGGCAGUUGAUUCUCUUAUCAAUUAUGAGACAGUCAAGUAUUUCAACAACGAAGCUUAUGAAACUGAUAAAUAUGAUGAAUUCUUAAAAAGAUAUGAAGAUGCUGCCUUAAAAACACAACGGAGUCUUGCUUGGCUUAAUUUUGGCCAGAAUGCAAUAUUCAGCACAGCUCUAUCAACAGCUAUGGUUCUUUGUUCACAUGGGAUUUUGGAAGGCAGGAUGACUGUUGGUGAUUUGGUUAUGGUGAAUGGGCUGCUUUUCCAGCUAUCUCUUCCACUUAAUUUCCUAGGCAGCGUUUAUCGUGAAACUGUGCAGAGCUUAGUUGACAUGAAGUCAUUGUUUCAACUGCUUGAGGUGACAGCUGAGAUUACUGAUAAAGAAGGUGCAAAACCGUUGAAGUUAAAUGGCGGUAGCAUACAUUUUGACCGUGUGACCUUCAGCUACCUACCUGAAAGGAAGAUUCUCGAUGGUGUAUCUUUUAUAGUACCAGCUGGAAAAAGUGUGGCCAUUGUGGGAACAAGCGGAAGUGGCAAGUCUACCAUUCUUAGACUAAUCUUCAGAUUUUUCGACACCCAUGCUGGAAGUAUACGAAUUGAUGGCCAGGACAUACGGGAUAUUGAAUUAGAUACUCUACGGAGCUCUGUUGGUGUUGUGCCACAAGAUACUGUACUUUUUAAUGAUACAAUAUACCACAACAUCCAUUAUGGUCGUCUUUCAGCAAGUGAAGACGAGGUGAGUAUCUUAUUCCGAGGAUCAUAAAAUGGUCAACUUAUUAGCUUCGCUGUUCUGAGGACCAUGAUCUGGUGAGCUGGGUUCUCUUUCUCCAUUUACAACUGUUCACAUUCAGGUUUAUGAUGCUGCUCGGCGUGCAUCCAUUCACGAUACUAUUAUGAACUUCCCUGAGAAAUACUCAACUGUGGUUGGAGAACGCGGGCUUAAGUUAAGUGGUGGUGAAAAGCAGCGGGUUGCUUUGGCUCGUGCAUUCCUGAAAGCGCCGCCAAUUCUGCUGUGUGAUGAGGCAACAAGUGCACUUGACAGCACGACAGAGGCUGAGAUACUAACUGCGCUCAAGUCAUUAGCCGAUAAUCGUACUUCAGUUUUUAUUGCCCAUAGACUUACUACUGCAAUGCAAUGUGAUGAGAUAAUAGUUUUGGAGAAUGGAAAGGUGGUUGAACAGGGACCACAUGAAGUCCUCUUGACCAACGCGGGGAGAUAUGCGCAGCUAUGGGGACAGCAAAAUAAUACUGUGGAUGUCAAUGAUUCAGCAGUCAAGCUGGGGGCAUGAUCGUCUCUUUGCGUGCCAUUUUAGUCCUGCUUGCGUGUAGGAGGCUAGUGAAGCAAAAUGUAGUUCUCUUCAUAUAUAUUACUGAGCAAACAUUGAUAGAAAAAAAACUGCAGAGCAGUGGUUGACGGCAUCAUGAUUUGUGGUGAGUGAAUGUGUACUAAGGCAACAUGACAAUUAUGAGAAGAAACCAAUGCCAUGCUUAUAUUAUAGAUGUGUGCCACUGGAAUCAUGUUGAGAUAUGUAUAGCCACGAGAAACUGCUGGGUCAAUUUUCUACAUUAAUGCCUAACUUCUUUUGCUUAGAGUAACGAAGGACUCAUUGCUGACGAUGAUUUCUCUUGUACUAUUGAUUGUGCAUAUUCGAAUAAGAAUACCAGCUUUCUGGACCACUAAUCUAUACGUGGAUGUGUUGAAGUUGGGAAAGUUCAGGUUUGGUAAUGCAUUUGUUGGGUUCGUCUUUCUGGUGAGUGCCACAUGUUUUGAGAUUCGGAUGCAUAAUUAGCCUGUGUUGCAUGCAGGCA